AUGCCAAUAUCAGCACUGCCCCCAUCUACGGCUGGCCUUUUAGGCUCCUCGUCUGCGAUCGCAGAUCCCCUUUCCCUGGUCAAGGAGCUCGUGGACAACAGCAUUGACGCAGGUGCCACAUCUAUCGAAAUCACCAUCACAUCCAACACCGUCGACAAGAUCCAGGUCCGGGACAAUGGCCGAGGAAUACGACUCGAGGACUACGACUCGCUGGGCCGCCGAGCUCACACAAGCAAACUCCGAAGCUUCGACGAGCUAGAAUUCAAGGGUGGCACUACCCUAGGGUUCCGCGGUGAGGCGCUUGCUAGUGCCAACUCUCUGGCAACGAUCAAAGUUUCAACUCGGACACCUCAAGAUCCCGUUGGAUCGCUCCUGUUACUAAAGUUUGGACAGGGUGGAGUUGAAAAGCGGCAGCCCAUAUCCAGUCCUGUGGGAACGACAAUCCAAGCCUGGAAGCUAUUCGAAAACAUCCCCGUGCGGAAGCAGACUGCCUUGAAAGGGAGUCGCAAAACACUAACCAACAUCAAGAAACUCCUGGAAGGCUACGCAUUAGCGCUGCCACAUCUGAAACUAUCUUUCAAAGUUCCUGGCGAUCCUUGCCAACCUUGGUUGUAUUCGCCCUGUUCCUUGAUAAACACGCGAGAGGCUAUUACACAAGUCUUUGGCCAUGCACUCGUCACUCAACUCGAUGAGAUCUCAUCAGGCACAGGUACCGAUGAACCAGCGACCCACCUGUCACAAGAUAUUGUUCUCACUGCGUUUCUCCCAAGCCGUGGGAGCGAUGCUAAGAUAGUCAAGAACAAGGGAGCUUUCAUCUCGGUGGAUUCACGGCCUAUUUCCUCCUCAGCUGGGACAGGGAAGAAGAUUGUUGCCAUUUUCAAGGCGAGCAUCUCGCGGACUUUGGCCUCAACUAAGGAUUUACGGUCUCUUCCCAACCCUUUCAUGCAACUGAGCAUCAAGUGCCAACCGGGUUCCUACGACCCUAAUGUAUCACCACUCAAGGACGAGGUGCUUUUCAAGGACGAGCCAGCGAUCCUCAACUGCUUCCAGGCCCUUUGCGACAAGGUUUACGGAGGGAAGGAUUCCGUGACCACAGGAAUGGCUUCUGGGCGAGAGGAGGAACGCAAUGUACGCAUCACAAGGCAGAUGCAGAGAAAAGCCUCGCUACCCCAGACGUCAGUGACCCCACGGAGAUCAGGAGAGAAGCCAACUGGUGUCAACUGCCAAGGCAACACCCAAGGAAGCAGCACGACGAACGGUCCAGACCCUAUCGAGGCUCUUAACGAUGAGCUCGAAAGGGUUCUUGGCUUUAGUUCCAACAACUCUCAAGGUGGUAAUGCUGCUUCACCUGUUGCGGCUCGCGGUUCUAGGUCACUCAGUACUGCCCAUCCUGCCUAUCGGAACGAGGCUGCUAGUUCCGAAGAACCACGAACAGUUUCAGCAAUGAUGAGAACCAAGGCUGCGGUCAACUUCUCCCGGAACGACAGCAACUCAAGCGACCUAGGUAGCACAGAAGGGUUGAUCCCGGUACAACUUGCACGAAGACAUGCAGCUUCCUCUCGUCGCCAGGAGUCACCCCCCAUCCGCUUUUCUGAAGACAUUGGUCGAUAUUUCCGACCCAAACGUCAUGAACCAAUAGAGAUUGCAACAGAUGAAACAGCUACGCUGGAAAACAUGCAAGAGGAACAUUUGUCGAAUCCCAACACAACCACGGGUCGCCUUGAGAUUCGCCGCCCCCCACUCAUGGAGUUGACAGAGUCAGACCUGAAUACACCCCGGGAGGAGGAGGAAGAGGAAGAGGAAGAAGAAGAAGAUGAAUCUGUGAUUGAGCUCCCUGUCGCCGAGCAAAACGCUACGCCACUACGCAACAUGGCAGGCCACGCCACAUCUCCACGUCAUGCAGUUCCUUCACCUCUGGUAAACAUCCCAUUCAGACCACUCACGAGACCACUACCAGCACCAAAUCCGACGUUGCGUUCAGAAGAGCCUUCUGCCCUUCGGACACCCCCUUCGUCGGAUCCUGCGCGUGCCAAUCACCUGUAUCGCGGUAGUCCAUCUGGGAGCCCAAUCAAUCAAGGCUUGGCCAGAAGCCAAAGGUCGCCUCGGAACGCUGCCAGACUGUCGACUGACAGGUUCGCGGAUCACGGAAGGCGUCGGUCAGUCUUAGACAACGGCCAGAUUGGCUCACUGAGCAGGCGUCAAGUGCAACAUGGACGGCACGGGAGCCAGUUGACGGGUCGAAGAAACACCUUGACCCUUGGUCACGAUGACGCAGAUGCACACCCUAAGGACGUGUUGCACGGCAGCCAUGCUCAUGCAGAGGAUCAGGAAGGCUAG